AUGCAAGCCCUUCACCGUUUUGCAUCCGUCACGCGCCGGGUCGCUGCAUCGUUGCGUCAGGACAACCUUCUUCUCCCAGCAUCUUCCAGAAUCUUUUUUUUCUCGACCGAGUCGCGCGAUGGAGGAGGAGACGCCUUCGACGCGGGAUGGGACACCACAUCGUCGUGGUCGACGGGUAUCGCUGGCGACCACUUCAACGGAGAACCCUCGCACUCCCCCUCGGCGGUUCUGGCGGAGCUGCAGGACACGGAGGAUAAGGUGCGCGAACUGGAGGCGGAGAAUAAUAGAGGGAAGGCAUACGUGGACAGCUGGCACCGGCGCUUGGAGGAGACGAGCGUGCUGAUGAAGCAGAUUCAGGAGCCCGGCGCGCGAGGCUCGUAUCUCAAAGACUCCGAGAAGGCGGAGAUGUACCGGUUGCAUAAGCAGAACCCUGAGGUUUACACUGUGGAGAAGCUCGCUAAGGAUUACAGGAUCAUGCGGCAGAGGGUUCACGCCAUCCUGUGGCUCAAGGAGAUCGAGGAAGAGGAGGAGAAGAAACUCGGUCACCCUCUCGAUGAUUCCGUCGAGCUCUUGCUCGAUACUUUCCCCGAGUUUUUUAAUUCCCAUGAUAGGGAGUUUCAUGUUGCAUCUCUUCCGUACAAGCCGGACUUCAAGGUUAUGCCGGAGGGGUGGGAUGGCAUUACCAAAGACGUGGAUGAAGUGCAUUACGAGAUCUCCAAGAAGGAGGAUGACAUGUUGUAUCGGGAAUUUGUUGAGAAGAUGAACUUUAACAAGAAGAAAAUGGCUGGAGAGGUCAAAUGCCACAAGUAUAGUCGACGACGUCCUUCAGAUGGAUGGACUUUUACAGUAGAGAAAUUGGGAUCCAGGGGAAAACGUGGAGGUGGUGGGGGCUGGAAAUUUGCUAGCAUGGCUGAUGGAUCAAGCCGACCACUGAAUGAGACGGAGAAAAUGUAUGUGAGACGAGAGACUCCACGCCGAAGACGCAGGAUCCUUCCAUGA